UUUCUUUUCCCCAUUUCCUUCUUCCUCCCCGUGCCUCCUUCCCCUUCUCCCCAGCCGCAACCGCCGCGCCUCUUCUCCUUCCUCCCGUACGCUGCGACGACUCUACCGUCUCCUUCUCCUUUCCUUCUCUUUUCUCUUUUCCUUCCGCCGUUCCCUUCCGUCUUUCUUUCCGCCGCAGCCCAGCCGCCCCAUCCUUCCCCUUCUCUCCGUUCGCGAAGCAAAACCGCCACCGACCGACCUCCAUUCCUCUUCUCCUUCCCGUUCGCAGCCCCGCCGCAAACCGUCGCCUCCCUUCCCUUCCAUUUUCUUCUUCCGUCCGCAGCCCUGCCGCAAACCGCCGCGUCUCCCCUAUUGAAGCCGAGCGCCGCGACCCUUCUCCUCUUCUCUUCAGUUCGCAAAGCAGCCGUACGCGUCCAGAUCUGCCGCCGUCCAGAUCUGCACCGCAAGACCGCGUCGUUGCCCUUCCGCCGCUGCCCGGUCCAGAUUUGCGUCGCCGUGCACAGCCUCACCGCCGCUGAAACCGUUUCCGCGUCUUGUUCUGUUUCCGUCGAAGCCGAGCCACCGUGUGAAGCAGUAACCGCCACGUCCGCCGCUCACAACCGCCGUCCACCGAUCCCUUCUCCUCCGUUGUCUGCACUGCCGCGCGACUCUCCGGCCGUCUGUAUACGGUCUCUCCGUCGCACGUCGUCUCUUCGCAAAGCUACUACUGCUCGAUUUCUUUCGCAAAACACUAAAUGAAAAAUGCAAUUAUAUCAAAGUUGAUGUCCUAAAGAAGAAAAGUAAAAGAGAAAAAGGGAUUUGGGGGCGAAACUCCGGGACGGGGACAGAGGGCCUGAGAAAAAUGGCGGCAAGGCAGAAAGCGGUGGCGACGCUGCCUAAUCUAAUUAGAACCCUUAAAAAUGAUCGCCGGAAGCCUGGUUUCAGCCAGCCUCUUCCGUCGUUGAGACGUGCCUUUUCACUUUACGAUCAGAUCAAUCUCAUCGACAAUGUCCCUGAAGAUCAGCUUCGUUUUCAACGGUAUACUGAGACGGGGUUCACUGUGAAUGGAGUGGAUUAUGAGGGCAGCUUGCUUUGUGUUGGGAAUUUGUUGAUGUCUUGGACUCCUAAGAAAUUUUCGGAAAUUACGUCUGAUAGCUUAUCUAUCUUCCAGAUUGUGCGCCCUAUUCCAGAAAUUCUAAUACUUGGCUGUGGGAGAUAUACUGAACCAGUAAAUCCUGAAUUGAGGCAGUUCAUUCGUUCCACUGGCAUGAAGUUGGAAGCUGUAGACACGAGAAAUGCGGCAUCAACUUAUAAUAUCCUAAAUGAGGAGGGUAGAAUUGUAGCUGCAGCGCUUCUGCCUUAUGGAGUUUCUUCAUGACCCACCGCCCAGAGCCAGACUCACUCUAAAAAUCUUCACUCUAAAAAUCUUUCAUUAUAUAUGGAUGGUGUGUUGGGGGCAAAUGUUUGCCUUCCAUGUAGUGCAUGUGGGUGGUCUUAUGCAUAAGUCACAUCCCUCUUUGAAAUGUUGUUGUUACCAAGUUAUUGUAGCUUAUUUUAAUUUGUUUGAAAUCUUUGUGGGUUGCUUGGGUGAUGAGGCAUAUAGUCUGCAAGAUAGAAGUGUUCGGGCGGUUAAAGAUUCUAAGUCUUCAUCUUUGGUGUUAGAAGUCUAUCAUUUGUGUUUAGGGAUAGUUUGAGGAGGUCAUUUGUUCACGUUUUAUUGAUAAUGGAAAUCAUUGUUUUGUUCGAUGUAACUCGUGAUUAGAGUGGAGCUAUUCUCAACCGUUUAUUAUGUAGUUUUUUUUAAUGCUAAUAGUUCCCUACGUGUUAAGGUUA